GUCAGUUUUCGCGUCCCACCAUGCCACGUCUCCUACAGCAUCCCACUCUAUCAGGCUUCCACAAGCCGGCAAGGCAUGCAUCUCAUGCAUGUGGCGACUUUCGUUAGGCUAUUGUCCGUGGAAGAGCGGGCCUUCAUGUUUUCGAGGUAAUACUCUUCCCGAUGAUAGCGAACACCAGGUCAUGUCCCGUCACCAUCCUUACUAUCAUGAUGCUCAGUACUGCACUAUGGCAAACUCUACGCCUUCAACAUUUCACUUCUCCCUCCAGCAUGGAGAAGUCACGGAACCUUUGUUGGCAGGAGGUAGCGGAGAAGAAAAGGCAUGACUUAGCAGCGAAGAUACCCAAUGACUGGAAGCUACCCGACUCAGUCCUAGCGGAGGCUCGUCACCGAAGCCAAUUGUCUGGGGAAUUCUUCGACCGACUUCUCGACGCCGACACUCUCAAAAUCACCGAGCUGAGAGUCGAAGCACUUCUAGAUGCUGUACACAAUGGCUCCGUUACCGCUGUCGAUGUCACUCGUGCCUUUUGCAAGAGGACUGCAUUCGCCCAUCAGCUGAAUAAUAACUUGCUUGAUAUCAUGUUUGACACUGCACAUGCACGAGCGGUAGAGCUUGAUGAGUACCUCGAGGCACACAACAAGACGGUAGGGCCCUUACAUGGCCUGCCUGUGAGUCUGAAGGACCAGUUCCACGUCAAGGGCGCCGAAACGACCAUGGCAUACGUAGGCUGGAUCGGUACGUUUGAAGGCCAAAAAGCGACUGGGAAGGAAGGGAACAUCAACAGCGAACUCGUCGGCGAGCUAUACGAGCUCGGUGCUAUACCAAUUGCCAAAACUAGUAUGCCGCAGACGCUCUGGUAUGCGGAGACCAACAAUAAUAUUAUUGGGCCUACUAUGAAUCCCGCAGCUCAGCGGCUUUCUUGUGGGGGUUCUUCUGGUGGUCAGGGCGCCUUGCUGGCAUUGAGAGGCACCCCGGUAGGUUUUGGUACAGACGUAGGUGGAUCUGUUUCAGUACCGGCUGCUUUCAACGGCGUCUAUAGCAUAAAACCAUCCCAUGGACGUAUUUCAUUCCGGAAUGCGGCGAGUAGUUCACCCGGUCAGGUUAUAAUCCCAACCGUUGUUGGGGUUAUGGGAGAGUCCAUUAGCAGCCUGCGUCUGACGCUACGGUCAUUGAUAUCUCUCAAGCCGUGGACCCGUGACGCAGAUGUGGUAAACCUACCUUACCGGGAGGAGGAACUGAGCGCGGCGGCUACGGAAGUCAACUUAGCGUUCGGACUCAUGAAAGAUGAUGGUAUCGUAAGGCCCCACCCACCUAUUGCGCGAGCAAUUGCAAUGGUCUCCGAGGCUCUAAGUGAAGCUGGGCAUCAGAUGAUCGUUUGGGAACCGCCGAGUCAUAAAGAGUCUGGGAGCAUUCAUGCCGCAUUCACGAAUGCAGAUGGCGCCGCCGACGUUUUCGAGAACCUCCUCCUGUCCGGUGAGCCUUUGAUACCGGAGCUAGUACCGGAAUUUGGUGACGGGCCUGGAACUCCAAUGCCGCUACUAGAGUUCUACAACCAGACUUUACGACUGAAAAGAUACAGAAACGAGUAUGAGGAUUAUUGGGAGUCUACAGCGAAGGCCACGAGAUCUGGGGGCCCCGUAGAGGCUGUGAUCUUGCCGAUUGCACCCCAUGCUGCCGUGAUCCCUGGGACGUGGAUCUAUUACAACUACGGCACCAUCGCAAACACAAUGGACUAUACAACGAUUAUCAUACCAGUGACAAGGGCAGAUAAGACCGUUGACAAGUUUGAUGAUAAAUAUGAGCCUUUGAACGAUGUCGAUGAGAGGAAUUGGAAAGCGUAUGAUGCAGAGUUAUAUGACGGAGCACCGGCAUCCAUACAGCUGCUGGGAAGGCGGCUCGAAGAGGAGAAGCUGCUUAGAGUUGCGGACGUUGUUGUCCAUGCACUGACUCAGUACAAGGAGAAGAACCAGCUGGCAACGGUCUGAUUCAGCAGCUCUUACUGAUCGAUCAACCGUCUCUAACGCUCGCAGGUGUAGUUUUCAUGGACGCUAGGCCAUUUAUGAGCCUAUUUGUUCUAGAACUGCUAAUAUUUCCUUGAAGGUUGGCCGAGUUUUUCCAAUAGUCUGGUACCUUCUUGUUGCAAGGAAGUUCUCUAGCUCUUUCAGAGUCCCUUUCCAGUGGUUUAUGCCGGCCUCAUAUAUGCAGUCUUUUCCGCAAUCUCUAGUUGAGC